GAAAAACAUCUUCAUCCACUUUCAUAGUUUUACACAAGUAGGACUAUAAUAAAUAUUUUAAGCUGAAUGCUAAAGAAGACUACGUAUAUGAAUAUAUGAUAUAUCCCUGAGUCAACGAGAAGACAGCAUGUAUGUAGUAUGUACCAAUAAUACAUACAGCAGGAAGCUUCAGCUGUUAAACAAAUCCUCCUCAUUUUAUCUGAAUCGCAUCUCAUCCAGUUGGUGUACAGUUUGUAAAAGGUGACAAUGGAUUGCUUUAAUAAAGGAAUUCUAGCUGGAGAAGCAGGGCCGGUUAAUGGAUCUUGUACAGAGAUUAUUGUUGUUCGUCAUGGUGAAACAGAAUGGAAUGCUCUUGGGAAAAUGCAGGGACAGACAGAUACUGAUCUAAAUGAGGUUGGGAGACGACAAGCUGUCAUGGUUGCUGAGAGACUAUCAAGGGAUCCAAAUAUAUCCGCUAUAUAUUCAUCUGAUUUGAAGAGGGCUCUCAAGACAGCAGAAACAAUAGCAUCUAGAUGUGGGCUUGAGGUUGUUGAGGAUAAAGACCUGCGGGAAAGACAUAUAGGGGAUCUUCAAGGACUUACAAUAAUAGAAUCACCCAAGAUUAACCCUGUAGCCUUUGAAGCAUUGAGGUCUCCUAGAAACGAUCAAGAAAUUCCGGGUGGUGGUGAAAGUCGUGAUCAGUUGAUAAGAAGAUGCACAUCUUCAAUGCAAAGAAUUGCUGAAAAACACAGAGGAGCACGAGUAGUUGUUGUAACUCAUGGGGCUGUCAUAGAUAAGCUAUACAAGCGAGCUAUACCUGGAGGAACUGCUGGAAGGUUAUGGAAUACAUCUAUAAAUAUAUUUCAGUUGUCUGAAGGAGACAAAUGGUCAAUCAAAUUAUGGAAUGAUAAGAGUCAUCUGAGAGAAACUGAAUAUCUGGAAUCGGCUUCAGGUGGAGGUGAUGCUUCAGGCUAGCUAGCUAUUGCUUGAAUUUCUGGCACUUAAUUAUUAACUCAUGAAGAGACUUGCUGUAUCAAGGAAGAUUUGCAGUAUUUUACUGUUGUUUUGUUACUUUUUUUUUUUUUUUUUUUGAGCGAAGGAUGUAAAUCAUCAAGUAAUAGUUAGGUUACAACCACUUGUUUUGUUGUUUUGUUACUUGCAAACUGUAUUAGUUGCAAUGUUAUUUGACAUGAGUGGAUUUAAUGACUCGAAUGAAAUAUUAAUAAAGAGAUCCAAAAAUGCUGGAAAUCUAUUUUCUUAA